CUCAAACUUCAUCAAAACAGCGUGUGCCUUCGACACCUUCCUCACCAACCGCCUCAUUGAUCUUUACUCGAGAUGCAAUGCCAUACAAGAUGCCCAAAAGGCCUUCGACGACCUUCCUACCAAGAACACCCGUUCUUGGAACACCAUGAUAGCCAUGUAUUCAAGAAAUGGCAGUUUUGAUGAUGCACGGGAUUUGCUUGCUAAUAUGACAGAACCAAACCUUGUGAGUUAUAAUACUUUGGUUUCUGGUUUAGCACGUCACGGGUAUCAUAAAGAGUCCAUAUCUCUCUUCCAAAGAAUGCAACAGGAUUGUGAUUGCUUAUUCUUAGACCAGUUCACGUUUGCAAGCAUAGUGGGAACUUGUGGUAGCUUAAGUGCUUUGGCAAUGUUGCGCCAAGUUCAUGGGGUGGCGAUUGCAAUUGGCUUAGAAAUGAAUAUUGUUGCCUGCAAUUCUUUGGUCAAUGCUUAUGGAAAAUGUGGUAAACCAGACACCUCAUACUCUGUAUUCCGUCAAAUGCUAGAGAGGGACGUCGUGUCUUGGACCUCAAUGAUAACUUCUUAUGCACGAGCAUCAAGGAUGGAUGAUGCUUUUUGGGUAUUUAAUGGUAUGCCGUCUAAGAACACUGUUUCUUGGACUGCUUUAAUUUCAGGUUUCGUACAAAGCCGGCGUGGUAAUGAUGCAUUGGACCUUUUCCAGAAAAUGCUGGAAGAGAGGUACCAGCCUAGCACAGUUACAUAUGUUAGCAUUUUGAGUGCUUGUGCAGAUUUAGCACUUAAUGGAAGAGUUGACAUGUACAGCAAAUGUGGAGACAUCAAAUCGGGAAAAACAUUGUUUGAAAUGGUUGAUGAGAAGGAUGUAGUCUCUUGGAACUCUUUAAUUACUGGAUUUGCUCAGAACGGGCUGGGAAAGGAGUCGCUUCUUGUUUUUAAGAGGAUGGUAGAAGAAAAUAUAAAGCCUACUUGUGUGACUUUUCUUUUAGUAUUAUCUGCUUGUAGCCACACUGGUUUAGUUUCUGAAGGACUUCAAAUUCUGCACUUAAUGGAACAGGGUUAUGGUAUUAAACCGAGGUCAAGCCACUAUGCAAUUGUGAUUGAUUUACUCGGGAGGAAAAAUAAACUGAAGGAAGCAAUGGAGUUAAUUGAGAGAGCUCCUAAUAAAUCAGAUCAUAUUGGGAUGUGGGGUGCACUUUUGGCUGCUUGUCGAGUCCAUGGUAACUUGGCCUUGGCUAAGAGGGCUGGAGAAGCUCUGUUUGAGUUGGAUCCCAACAAUGGUGCAAGAUAUGUUAUGUUAUCAAAUAUUUAUGCCGCAGCUGGUGGAUGGACUGAUGCCCAUAGGGUCAGAAGGCUCAUGGAAGAAAGAGGUUUGAAAAAAGGGUCGGCUUAUAGUUUGAUCGAGCUGAGGAAUGCAAGGCAUGAGUUUGUAGUGAAAGACAAGGUCCAGUGUCAGACAGGAGAGAUGAAUGAUAUGAUUGGUAAAUUAGCAGACCAUAUGAAGGAUGUAGGUAAUCUUCCUUACCUUUACAGCCAUUUGUCUGAGGAUAAUGGUUAUUCCUUUCAAUAAGGGAACCAAUUGAUUAUCGUGAAGGCCGAAGCAUGCCAUUGCGGACUACGGAUGUAGUAGGAACUCUGCUUUGAAAAAAAAAGUUCCAUUAAUAUAGUGUCAAGAUUUGAAGCUAAUUGGUAACUGCAGCUGGUCCACAUAGUUUUUUUUCUCUGCAGUUAAGAAAUGUGAAAUGAGCAGAAGUGCAGAUGAACCUACCCAUUGCAGUAGCAGGCUUU